ACUAGACGAGACAUUCAUUUCAUUUCGUUUCUGGUCGUGGCUCGUUCACUAUCUAUCAAUACAAUUAGUUCCCGGGUCUUUAUCUAAUUAGUGUAAUAACAGCGGAUUUACCCUAACGAGCGUCAGGUUUUAGUUAUUUACCUCAGUCAGUGCGAAUCGACGGCGUGGGUAUCACGGACCCGGCGUAGCAUACGUAAACAUCGACACUCGACAGUGCCACGGUAGCACCAUGCGGUCAGGCGCUCUACCAUAUGCCUCAUGAAUAAAUACUCGUGAACAAAUUGUUUUGAAUUUAGAACUUGACCGCUCAAGUGUUGAGGAUUUUAGUGAAGUGAACAUUUACUUUUUUUUUGUUGGAUUUUGCGGUGAAAUUUUAUGUUGGAAUGUGUUGAAAACCCUAAACAAAAAUGGAUAAAAAACUAGACUUAAUGUCAUUAUUUGAGUCGGACUCGUGGCAGGCGUCCGAGGACCUCCUGGAAAAUAUAUUUUCCCUGGACCAGGGGUCGUUGGACUUUCUGGAGGAGUCUUUGCCGGACUUCAAUUUGCCGAUCGCCGACAAUGUGUCUCAACCGGAAGGCCUCAGUAGUUCGUGUUCAGACAGCGGAUUGUCAAGCGAUCCGGCGGAAUUUGACUUCGAGCAGCAACUGUCGCCGUUCCUCAUACAGAACUCGUGCGACGAGGACGUCCCGACGACAGUCCUGGGUCCCAUGAGCCCCGGCAACGCGCAGGAUGUCAUCAUCCAGGACACCAGCGACUCCAACAGCUCGGAGCAGGACACGUUUGACAUGCUCGACUUCGAACAAAACGUCAUGCCCGGCUUCAUCAAUAGUGAUACAUUCCAAAUUAAUAAUGGUAACACUGGGAGAAAACGCCGUCUCUCCCAGACGCCGCAAGCGCCGCAACCGAAGGUGCAAAAACCGACGAUCCGAUUACCAGCCGCAGCCGCACAGAAACCGCAGCUAGUCGUUAAGGCGCAGCCUCAGAAGCCCGUAAAACUGACAAACGUGCAAGUCAUCAACCCCCAAACUAAAGUGUACUCCAAACCGGUUGAGAGCGUUGCCCCUCAACGGAGGUUAAUCAGAGUCGCGCCUAUGAAUGGGAACCCUCGCUCCAUACUCCUCCCAGUGACGUUUAAAGACAUGAAGGAUCUGAAGUCCAUAAAGAUCAUAAACGCGGCGGAUCUAAAAAACGCAUCGAAUAUCAAAAUCGCCGCCGCGAAUCUUCUGUCGCAGAGCAAAUUGCAAGAUUUCAAAGUGGAGAGUCGCGACGAUCGCGAUUACGAACAGAAUGGCAAUUUGGAUGACUCAGGCAGCGACCAUAGUGACGACGAUGACGACCAUAGAGAGACCCAGAUCAACGAUGGUAGAAACGGGUAUCCCCGUCUCGUUCUAACUGCAGAAGAAAGACGUUUGCUAGCAAAGGAGGGCAUCAGUCUACCAACGAGCUAUCCACUUACAAAACACGAAGAGAGGGAACUGAAGAGGAUCCGACGCAAAAUCAGGAACAAGAUCUCCGCACAAGACUCCCGCAAACGCAAGAAGGAGUAUGUUGAUGGAUUGGAAGAUAGAGUCAAACAGUGCACGGCCGAUAAUCAGACGCUAAUCAGGAGGAUAAAAAUACUGCAGUCACAGAACCAUUCACUUACGCAACAGUUGAAGAGAUUGCAGAACGUGCUGACGGGCGUGACGUCAGGCUCGGGCGGCAAGGCGCAGCCGGCGACGUGUCUGCUGGUGCUGCUGCUGUCGGUGGCGCUGGUGGCGCUGCCGUCCAUGCGCGACGACGUGCGCGCCAAGGGGCCCGCGCGCGCCGCCUCGCCCGCCCUCACGCGCGCGCUGCUCUCCGCCACCAACAAAAUGGGCCUCGACGAGACCGUCAUAGACGACGGAGAGUUCAACAUGGACGAACUGAUCACGUUCAACCGCGCGCACUCCGACCACGAUUACCAAGUCGUCAAGAACUUGGACAGCGGCAAGAUCCUGCCGAACGGUUACGUCGACCUGCCCAUAGACGAGGACUGGCCACCUAACCUCAAAAAACGAAUGAAAAAGUUGGAAUUCGACUACGAAGACGGGAAAGACUACCUGCCGCCUAUUGUCAAGGAAGAAAACUAUCAAAACGCCUACAAAACAUCGACUGGUGCAGCUAUCGAGGACAAUGACAUAAAACUUGAUAACAAUUACCUAACUAAUACUUUGUUAUCAACUGGACGGAAAUUGGGUGAACUAUUGGAAGCCUUUCCUCCGAUACCUGUCAAGAAUGAGGACAUACUCGUAGAGGAGAUAUCAGAUUUUGAUACCAGAAAUAAUAUCACGGAUAUCAAAAGUUUCGUUGUAAACGGAACUUUAAAUGAAUACUAAAUUAAAUUUUUUUUUUUUGGAUUUUUAGAAAUUGGCUACUAUGUAACCUGUAAUAAAAAAUGUUUGUAUACAGUGAAUUUUUACCGUUAGUUCUACUUUUUUUUUUGCAAAAUAAUUUUACUUGUUAGGCACGAAAAAAUAGAGAAAGUGUUUUGAUGAGUUAGUUGGCAAUUUCUGAAAAAUCAUAUACAUUAUACAUACUUACUGGUAUAAUAAUAAAAAAAGUGAGUUUACUGUUUUAGAUCGACUGUCUAAAUAGACGUAUGUUGCCCCGCAGCAUACACUAUCAAUAAUACGCCUGAAAAGUGAAAGGUGCGCAGAAUAGGUUGCGCACAAAAAACGUAAUGCUGUCAUUCGUUCGUCGAAUUUUAUUCCCCAUAUUUUUUUCAUAUCGGGGAUUUUAAUUGAAAAAUCGAUUCUUAUGGAGUAACCUCCUAUUAUUGUAUUCCGUUUGCUUUCAAUGCACUUAAUUCCUAUGAGAUAUUGAUAUUAAUUUACGCAGAAUAUUUCAAUUAUUAUUAUUCCUUUUAGUUUUAGCCUUGUUGGUAGACACUUCAUUCGUUGUUCUGAUAAAAAUAUUGUCAGAAACAUCGACGGUCGUGACAUUUUUAGGUUAAGUAUUAUUUUGUGAUUAAAUAAGACUUGAACAUAAUAAUUCAUUGAGCAUAUUUAUUUUAUAUGAAAUCAAAAUUAAUAUAUAUAAAUUAUAAUAUAAAUGAAUUUGUAUCUUCAAUAUUUUACCGUUUUGGUAUCUAUAUUAUUUUUAAUAUUACGUCGAUUACUAUUUAAGCAUUUUGUUGAUAAGAGUUGGUGCAAUUAUUUCUAAGCAACUGAUCUUCAGUGUUAAAUAAUAUAUUUAGUUAGUAAAUGAUAAAUUUAAUUAUUGUAAUAAGUUUUAUUCCUUAAAGUUAUAUUAAUUGUGUCUAAUCAUGAGACCGACAAUUUUGGAAUGCUACAAUUGUUAUUUUAAAAUAAACUAUACAGACAGAA